AUGGAGAAUGUGACAGGAAAGAAAGCAAUGGAGCCACCAAAGUAUCGAGUCGAUGGCUUCACGACCAGCUCCGAAGGCGAAACCAGCGAGUCCGUCCUCCUUGACGUGCGCCUACAUGCUAAACGCCUGCACAUUCAUAUUUCACCGUCCAACUUUCGCAACUCCCCUUCUACAGUCAAGGAGUUCUACCAGUACUUUCAAGUAGCCCUCACGGGACUGGACGCCAUAGAUAAUGAUCUUAUUCACGACUUCUUCGACUGGGCUGUUCGUCCUUUCUUGUCAGUAUUCCAAAAUCAGGCACCGGGACCCCGAGACAUUAGCAAAGGAACAGUAACGCUUCAAGAUCUCUUAUACGCCGAGUUGUACGACUGCGAACUUGGCGCUAUCGAUGGCAAAUAUGGUCGCAGGACAAAUUGAGCGGCGGGAGAUCGAGAAAGCCUUACUCCGUCUGAUAUUAUUGAUGACCUCGUCCAGGUGACAGGUAAAUUUCAGUCGGUAAAUGCGUCCCAUGUAUCUGGAACAGGCGGUUGAGGAGCCCGACAUUCAACCAAAUCAGGUCCGCGUGGAGGUGGAUGACCAAAUAUUCUUCUUCAAGUCUACAGAGCACAUAGGCUACGAGCGCGCGUUAAAAGAAGCCAGGAAAUUCCUCACGAG